CUUGACAACUUUUUCCCCAUCACUUCCGGGCUGAUAACAAGGGCCAUAGAUGCCCGCAGAUUUCCACUACAAUCUCUUAGUUUGAUGUAUACAUUGGCACCAUUGCUUUGAUGUUUGGGCGUGACAUGAUGACAAAAGCCAGCAAAUGAUUUUUGUAUUGACGAAAUUAUUCCAAGAGCCGCGAGAAUAGCGGGCGAGAAAGAGGUUCACCGUUGAUUAGGUGUUAUCUGAUACCUGCUUGCCUAGCAUGACUGCCAGUAUUGGUAACCUGACUCUUCUACCGAGCAGCGUCUGCUAGUCCAAGCAGAUCCACCAAAGGGACCACCAGUGCAUGACAAGGAACACAACCAGUCUCCAAAAUAAGUAUCUGGGUGUGUCCCUCACCCUUCCUGCCCACCUCAACUGACUCCACCCCCUGACCCUUGAACCCUGACCUGCAAGAUGAAACUGAAAGAGGACAUGAACCCGCUGCUGCUGCAAGUCUUCCGCUCAGUGGUCUGGGUCUGCUCUUUCAUUACCUUCCUGCCAUGGUACUUCCUCUCGGGUGCCGGCACCAACCUAGACCGGGCACGGCGGGUCAAGGCGCGGUCGGUGAGUGGGCGUCCAGCGGGCCCUUACCGGGCGACCAACCAAGCGGGCGGUAUCCAUCAGAAGCUGGUGUGGUCCUUGCACCUGGGGGUGGACACCCUGGACAAGGUGAUGGUGCACGGGGCGACCAGGUUCCCAGAGAGGGACUGCCUGGGCACCAGAGAGGUGUUGAACGAGGAGGACGAGCUCCAACCCAACGGGAAGGUCUUCAAGAAGGUUAUCCUAGGGGAGUAUCAGUGGAUGUCGUACGAGGAGACCUACCAGGCAGCAGUGUGUUUUGGCAGUGGUCUGGCUGCGCUGGGCCAGAGGCCUCAGUGUAACAUCGCCAUUUUCUGUGAGACCAGGGCUGAGUGGAUGAUAGCAGCACAGGCCUGCUUCAUAUACAACUUCCCAUUGGUGACGUUGUACUCUACUCUGGGCGGAGCGGCCAUCGCCCACGGUCUCAAUGAAACAGAGAUCACCCACAUCAUUACCAGCAAAGACCUGCUACACAGCCGUCUCAAGGCGAUCCUGUUAGAGGUGCCUCGGCUGCAGCACAUUAUCGUGGUGGACAGUAAGCCAACCAGCUGGCCUGGCUUCCCCCGCGGCAUCAUGGUCCACAACUUGGUCGCCGUGCAGGAGCUGGGCUCUCGACCCGACAACAUGGCGGUGGCACGCCGGCAGCCCCUGCCCUCUGACAUCGCUGUCAUCAUGUACACCAGCGGCUCCACCGGCAUCCCCAAGGGUGUGAUGAUCUCCCAUAGCAACAUCAUCGCGGGCAUCACGGGCAUGGCAGAGCGCAUCCCAGACCUGGAUGAGACAGACACCUACAUUGGGUACCUACCGCUGGCUCAUGUUCUGGAGCUCAGUGCAGAGAUGGUGUGUAUCUCUCACGGCUGCCGCAUCGGAUACUCCUCCCCACAGACGCUAGCAGACCAGUCGACAAAGAUUAAGAAGGGCAGUAAAGGAGACACCAGUGUUCUGAAGCCUACACUCAUGGCUGCUGUACCUGAAAUCAUGGAUCGCAUCUAUAAGAAUGUGAUGACCAAGGUGGAGGAGAUGAGCAGUGUGCAGAGAACCCUGUUUGUGUUGGCCUACAACUAUAAGAUGGAACAGAUGACCAAGGGCUACAGGACCCCGCUCUGUGACAGUCUGGUGUUUAGGAAGGUGCGCUCGUUGUUAGGAGGUCACAUGCGGGUGCUGUUGUCAGGCGGCGCGCCCCUUUCUGCCGCCACACAACGCUUCAUGAACAUCUGCCUCUGCUGUCCCGUGGGCCAGGGCUAUGGCCUCACUGAGACCUGCGGAGCUGGCACCAUCAGUGAGAUGUGGGACUACAGCACAGGCCGGGUCGGAGCUCCUCUGGUCUGCUCUGAGAUCACCCUCAAGGACUGGGAAGAGGGCGGUUACUACAGCACAGACAAGCCCAACCCAAGAGGUGAGAUUGUGAUCGGCGGGCCCAAUGUGACCAUGGGUUACUACAAGAACGAGGUGAAGAACCGCGAGGACUUCUUUGUGGACAGCAACGGCCAGCGCUGGUUCUGUACGGGAGACAUCGGGGAGCUCCACCCUGACGGCUGCCUCAAGAUCAUCGACCGUAAGAAGGACCUGGUGAAGCUCCAGGCUGGGGAGUAUGUGUCUCUGGGGAAGGUGGAGGCCAUGCUGAAGAACUGCCCUUUCGUAGACAACAUCUGUGCUUACGCAAACAGUGACCAGUCAUAUGUGAUUGGCUUUGUGGUGCCCAAUCAAAAGCAGCUGACAGUGCUGGCGGAGCAGAGAGGGUUACGGGGCAGCUGGGAGGAGAUCUGUAACAACCCUGACAUGGAAAGAGACGUCCUCCGCAUCAUCACCGAGGCCGCCCUGUCAGCCAAACUUGAGCGCUUUGAGAUCCCUAAGAAGAUCCGUCUUAGUGCAGAGCCCUGGACCCCAGAGACUGGCCUGGUUACGGACGCAUUCAAACUCAAACGUAAGGAGCUCAAAUCACAUUACCAGGAUGACAUCGAAAGGAUGUACGGUGGCAAGUAACACACACACACACACUCUCUAAGACACACACAGGUAAAGACAUAUGCAAGGAAUCUAAAAAACACUACCACGAUGACAUGGAGACUGGAGAGGAUGUACGGCGGCAAGUUAAACACACACACACACAGAGGGAGAGAGGAGGAACGACCCAUUGUACUUUCUCAACCUCUUGACUUCUCUUCCGACUAGUUACAAUCAAACGGAAAAUAACUCUGGAAAAUAACUGUCAGUCAAUCCAGACCCCCAACAAAGACGGAGAGGCCAAGCCAGUUGGAGUGACAUCCGUUGCUUCUCUUCUUCAAAGGUUUUUCUGGGUCUGUGUGUUGCUAUGAUGACGAUGGCAUCGUUGACAUGACCCGGUCGGAGACACAGGAAAUUACAAGUUUGUACAAACGACUGCUUCGGGCACUAUGUUC